GAAACAUAUUUUUGAAAAUCUUCGACAUUGAUUGAAUCUCAUCAGGAUCAGCUCUGCUUGUCGUUCUUUUUGCUCAAAAACCACCUUGUUUGGACAGAGCCACACAACCCAACAAUUAAUUAUGAAGCUACAAAUCCCUUGACUCAAAUUCUUCAUAGCCCAGUCCCAUAUAUAGUUCUAUUGCGGACAUGGUCAUACUUUACAAUUCAUACCUGCACACACGGGGUAUGUUGGGUCAUCAGUGGCUUUCCUUCCAUAAGCUCUCCUUCGUUGCCAGGUUAGGCUGUCUAACAGAUGGAUCUCCAGGACAUGGAAGGUGGUACUCCAGCCAUGACUUCUGAAGCUGCUAAGUCAACAAAAAAUGACCCAGCUUGGAAUCACAACUACUGUGCUGACCCAAACAAUCAAAAUGCAGUAACUUGCAUCUACCAUGGAAAGGAAACAAAUGGGGGAAUAUACAGGGCAAAACUUCACCAAAUAGGAGGUGAUAGGAAUGCAAAGGCGUAUUUGAAAUGCCCAGAAGAUGUCAAAAAGUUGCUAAAGGACUAUAUGCAAUCAAAAAAGGAUGCUAAGAUCAACUACGAUAAACUGCCAGAACAUCAUGAUUUGGAUGCAUUUCAUGAUCUGGAAGACGAUGACACUGAAGUUGAGGAGCUGGAAACUGAUUCUAGAGGCCACUUUAAAAGAAUUCGUGAUGUACAGAAGGGAAAGGCACCUGUAAAGAAGGGAAAACAUAAAAGGACCUAUGGAUGCUUUUAUCCACAAAAAGCCAGAAACUGUGGUCGAGCUUCGAAGCAAGGAAGACUGAAACAGUUGAAGAUUGACGAGAAGUUGGAUAAGCAAAGAAGAGAAGUAGCUAUUCAAUACAUAUGCAACAUGUUUUACCAUAAUGGCAUUCCUUUCAAUGUUGCCCGAUCACAUUCCUUUAAAUGUGCCGUUGAAGCAAUUGGACAAUAUGGUCCAAAUUUGAAGCCUCCUAGCUACCAUGAAGUGAGGGUUACGAGUUUGAAGAAAGAAGUUGCCAACAUGCGGGAUAUGCUAGCUGAACAUAGAGCUCUGUGGGUGAAACAUGGCUGUUCAAUUAUGGCAGAUGGUUGGACUAGCACCACAGGUCAAUGUAUUGUGAAUUUCUUAGUACAUUCUCUGGCUGGAUGUGUGUUUGUCAAAUCUGUGGAUGCUUCUGCAUAUUCAAAGACUGGUGCAAAGGUAUUAGAACUACUUGAUGGAUUUGUUGAGUAUGUAGGAGAGGCUAAUGUGGUCCAAGUGGUUACUGACAAUGGCCCUAAUUUCAAGUUAGGUGGUAAAUUGUUAGAAACUAAGAGACCAAACAUAUAUUGGACACCAUGUGGUGCGCACUGCAUUGAUCUCAUGCUCGAAGACAUUGGGAAGUUGCCUUUGGUUUUGAAAACCUUAAGAAGGGCAAUGAGUUUGACUAGUUUUAUUUAUAACCGUGUGGGAUUGUUGAACUUAAUGAGGAGGUACACAGGGCAAAGAAAUCUGAUCAGACCCGGGAAGACAAGAUUAUGUACUUGCUACCUCACUUUAAAGAGCAUCUACAAGCAAAAGGCUAAUCUUCGGGCUAUGUUCUCCGAGAGUGAAUGGAAUUCUAGCAAGUGGAAAAAAGAGGCGGGUGGAAAACAAGUCGAAGACUGUAUGAUGAAGCCUACAUUCUGGGAUAAUGCUUAUUACAUACUCAAACUUAUGGGCCCUCUUGUGAAAACUCUUCGACUUGUUGACAACGAAAGAAAACCAGCUAUGGGAUACAUCUAUGAGGCUAUGGAUAGAGCCAAAGAAGCCAUAAUAAAAGCUUUUAAUGGGAGAGAUGAUAACGAUAAAGAAACAUUCAAAAUCAUUGAUUCUAGAUGGCAAGAUCAGCUUCACCAUCCCCUGCACGCAGCUGGCCAUUACCUCAACCCCGCUUUUUUUAUGCCGAUCCGCAAAUUGAAUUCAAUAGUGAGGUCACGGUUGGACUGUAUGCUUGCAUAGCUAAACUGGUUCCCGAGGAUGAAGAACAACUUGUUAUUAUUGAUGAACUGUCAAAGUACACAAGGGCUGAGGGUUUGUUUGGCAUCAACUUGGCAGUUUUGACAAGAAAGACCAAGGCACCAGCUGAAUGGUGGCGCUUGUAUGGGAGCACAACUCCCAACUUACAAAAAUUGGCCAUGAGAGUUCUUAGCCUCACGUGUAGUGCUUCAGGUUGUGAGCGUAACUGGAGCGUGUUUGAACAGG